CCAACUCUUAAAAUAUUAAGAUAUGAAAUGUAACAGAUUUCUGGGGAAGGGGCUAUUCUAAAAAAAAAGAAUGGGGCUGCUUGUAUUUAGCAGACAAAUAUAUUUAUAGUUAAGUUUACUAAACUAGCAAACAAGGAUCUAACUACAUCUAUCCAGAUGUUAAAAUGAGUUGAUCAAAUGUUUCCAAUCACAAAUGUUUUCCCCUCUUAUUGAGGAACUUUUCAGAUGAAGGAGGGAGGAAGCUGCUACAAUGUUGAUAACCUCCCUGGAAGGAGAGAGAAAUAAGAUUUUUUCCAAUAUUGUUGGCAUUACAGAGGGAGAUGUGUAGAUCCUAGUUAGUUGCUUUUGCAUUAGGGCCACCUGCCGUUACUAUUUUUUUAGCGUAUGGCAUGUUAGCCAGGGAUCACCGAGGUGGCUGGCUGCCUCUGAAAGGAAUUUUUUGGGGCGGUAUCAUCUUUACCCGCAGGACGCCUGAAUGCUGGUAGGAAAUCGGGAGAGGAUUUCUUGUCCCUACGCAGUUUAUUUGCUCACAGGAAUUGAGCUGCCGACCUCAGCAGUGUGCAGGCCCAGCGUCUUAUGUGAGCCACCGCAGCCCCAAUCUGCCUUUAUAAUUCUAUAGCAUAGACAGAAUGCAAACUAGACCUGAGAGGGCAACAAAGAAAUCUAAAGCAAAAAUGGAGGGGAGGGGAAUCUUACACCUUCAAAUUAGUCUUGACUCCUGACAAUUGCCUGAACGAGUCUUUGCUGUUUUGUUGGCAGACAUUUUGGGAAGUAGCUUGACUCUUCUGGAAGAGUUGUGAGGGUGGAAUUGACCCAGAGUUACCUACCUGCCUUUCUAUCUAAAGCAGGGCUCAGAAUCCUCUAAAUUCCAGGGUGGAUAAAAAAUUUUUUGAUUAAAAUCGAUUUUUUUUUUAUUUAAAUCGGAUUUUUUUAAAUAAAAUGCUUUUUGAGGAAAAUAUAUUACCAUCCAAAGGUUAUUCCAUCAUGAAAUAAAGAUUAGUUUAAUUAUGUAGAAUAAGUCUCUAUAUGUUUAAUUUUUUUGGUAAAUAAAUUCCAUUAAUCCAUUCACAAUGUCAUGCUCUUCCAGAGGUUUUUGUAAGAUUAUUGGGCAGUUUCUCUGCCUACAAGAUAAUAUCACAGAUGCUUGGUUUACUUUUGCAGUUCUCAAAACUGAAUUUGACUCAGCAGAGAUCACAUGCCUCUUCUUCACAGCAAAAAUGUUAUAACAUGAACAGAGUUGAGAAAAAGACCUUAAUCCUAUUGUUCUACAAACCUAUGAAUACAGAAUCAACCCUUUCAGUGCUAAGUUUCAAGAAGUUCAGUGAAUAGAAUAGAAACAAUAUUUUUCUGAUUGAUUGGAGUGGAAUAGAUCUGCACAAGAAGAAAGUGAAACUAAGUGUGAGGAGGAAGGGGCAAGCAGACAAGCAGUACAAAAUGAAAGUGAAACUUUCUGAGCACAAUACUGCACAGCCAGAGACAGACAAGUCUUUGGAUCUUUUUGUAUGACCUGAGGUUUAUCACAUUCUUUCCUUGGAGGAAAAAACCUAUAAUGGCAGCAGGCCAUAAAAGAGACCCAAUUUGACAAUAUUUUAAUGAAGUUCCUUUAACUAUCGGUAAGGCAGGCAUGCGUGCAAACUGCAAACACUGCAACAAAGAAAUGCAAGGCCUGGUGGCCCGAAUGAGGCAACAUCAUGAGAAGUGCUGUGAUGAAGAUGACCAAAGAAACACAUUUGAACAGGCAGGAUCUUCAGGGGAAUUCAUGGAUUCUGGAAACUAUCCACCUUCAGGAUCACUAUCCUCCUACAGUUUCAGAGUUAUCCAUCCAGGAUAGUGCUUCAUUAGCAUCAUCAUCAUCAGAUACCCACAGCCACAUAUCAUUAUCACCUAAAAGAAAGGAAAAACCCUUCCCUCCUGGAACCAUCAUAGAUAAGUUUGUGAUAAAAAUUAGCAGAUUAGAAAAAGAGUUAAUUGAUGAAAAAAUUGCCCAGUUUGUUUAUGCAACGAACUCUUCUUUCCAUCUGACUGAGAACCCACAUUUCAUUAAUAUGGUUCAGUCACUGAGACCAGGAUACAGUCCACCCAGCAGAGCAGAUGUUGCAGGGAAACUGCUGGAUAAAGUGUAUGACAGAGAAAUGGAGCAAUGUGCAACAGCUCUGGAGGGUAGAAUUGUUAACCUAAGUAUUGAUGGGUGGAGUAACAUCCACAAUGAUCCUAUUGUAUGUGCUUGUAUAACAACAGAAGAAGGGAAAGUCUUCCUUGCACAAACAAUUGAUACGUCAGGAAAUGCACACACAGCAGAAUACUUACAAGUGGCAGUAAAAGCUAUAAUAACAUGUGAACAAAAAUUCAAAUGUCUAGUACGCAGUUUGGUCACAGACAAUGCUGCAAAUGUAUCCAAGAUGAGAAGAAAGAGCAGGAAGGGAAUACAAAGCUAAUAACAUGGUUGCAGUGCUCAUUUGCUGCACCUCUUAGCCAAAGACUUAAGUGUUCCAGAAAUAAAGACUAAUGUUGUUGAAAUUGCUAAAUACUUCCAUAACAAUCAUUUUGCUGCAGCAGCUCUGAAAAGGAUGGGUGGAACCAAGCUGACGCUCCCACAAGAUGUUAGAUGGAACUCUGGUGGACUGUUUUGAGCAGUAUAUCAAGAACUGUCUAUUGUGAUGACAGUUUGUGAAGAAAAUCGAGAUAAAAUAGAUGGCACUGUCACGGCCAAAAUCCUCAACAUUGGGCUUAAGAGAAAUGUUGAACAUAUGCUGAGCAUCCUGAAACCCAUCUCUGAAGCUUUAAACAAAAUACAGAAAAAUAGCUGUUUUAUUGCUGAUGCUGUUGAAAUUUGGAAGGAACUGAGUGAACACUUAAAAACAGAACUACACAUGGACAGAAUUAAAUUACAAGCAUUAAAAAAAUGAAUGGGACAAGUACUGUCUCCAGCUCAUUUUUUGGCAAAUAUUGUCAAUAUCCAGUAUCAGGGUCAAAACUUAAGUGCUGAGGAAGAGGAGUUAGCUAUGACAUGGGUAUCCAGCAAUCAUCCAUCUGUAAUGCCAACUAUAAUAAACUUCAAAGCUAAGGGGGAACCAUUCAAGAAAUAUAUGUUUGCUGAAGAUAUUUUAAAGAAAGUCACACCAGUGAACUGGUUUAAGUCACUUAAGCGCUUGGAUUUAGAGACUGUUCAAGUAAUGAUUUCACUUUUAACAGCAGUAGCUUCUGCAGGCGUUGAAAGAAUAUUCUCUUCCUUUGGACUCAUUCAUUCUAAAUUGAGAAAUCGUUUGGGACCCGAUAAAGCAGGAAAGCUUGUUUUUCUUUUCCAGAUUAUGAACAAAGAAGAAGAUGAAGAUGACGAGUGAGCUACAGAAGACAGUAUUUAAGUUUUUCAUGUGUAGGCUGGGCUGACAGUUUCUUAAAAUAUGUAUAUAUUGUUUAGCCAAAUUAGUUAACAAACAUGGAUGUUUGUUUAAGCAAAUAAAAUAUGCUGUAGUGUUAUUGUUUCAGUUGAAUAAAUCUAUUUAAAUUGUUA